CUCGUCACUUCAACUCACAAACUCACAAACAUUUCCACCAGUGCCAGUGAAACAUCAUUUCUUCCUAGCUAGUUCAUUUCCUCCGACAAAAAACAGUCAUGGGUGUCACCUGCUUCACUCAAGAGUUCACGACCUCAGUCACACCAUCUCGGAUGUUCAAGGCUCUCAUCCUUGACUCCCACAACCUCAUCCCCAAGAUUGUUCCUCAGGGCAUCAAGAGCAUCGAGUUUGUUGAGGGCGAUGGAGGUGUUGGCAGCAUCAAGCAAACCAACUUCCCUGAAGGAGGCCACUUCAAGUGUUUGAAGCACAGGAUUGACGCUCUUGACACGGUGAACUUCGUCUGCAAGUACACCCUGAUUGAGGGCGAUAUCAUAUUUGAUAAGCUCGAGAAGGUCGUCUAUGAGGUCAAGUUCGAGGCAUCGAGCACCGGUGGAUGCGUCUGCAAGAUGACCAGCGAGUACCACACCAAAGGAGAUGUGCAGCUCAAGGAAGAGGAGAUCAAGCAAGGCAAAGAAAAGGCCAUGGGACUGUACAAGGUCGUCGAAGAAUACCUUGUUGCAAAUCCCGACGUUUACGCCUAAAUGUUUGCUUGCAUGUAUUAUGUUGAUGGGUGUGAAUUUGUGCGUGAUUGAUUUCUUCUCUCCAUUUUGCUUCGAUUGUUUUUGGUGGAACAAUAAUUAGGGGAUCAAGAGAGAGAAUAACACAGUAGUACAUAUUUUGCUUAGUGAUCAAGAGGUCUCAGAUUCAAUACCUAGUGAGACUACUUGUGCCUCUUUAUUGGAUAUUUAGGAUUUUUAUUUCAAUACACUAGGCUCAUGGGUCUCCCUUAUAACCGGUUAAAAAAAACAAUAAUUGGGGGAUGAAAUAAAAAUUGAGGGCAUUUUUUCCCCUCUAAUAAUGUGAUAAAUUUAUACCAUUAUUGGAAUA